AUGGACGUAGUCAUAACUGUACCAUUUCCUUCGACUGAUCUUCUUCAAUUAGCAUAUGAUGUUCUGAAUGUUGAUAAAGAAUACAAGAUAGUUUCAAGAGACCUCAGAAUUAAAGAAAGCUAUCUUGUUGUAAAAUUUUUCAGCGAGGACCCGAAGAAGUUGCGAAUGUCUGUUCAUGCGUUUAAUAAAAAUCUCAGACUUAUACUUAAAACCGUUAAUCAAUUUGCAAAGAAACCAGUUUAA